UUUUGUGUUGUUUCAGUGAUGUCGGAGGCAUCGUGCUCCGGUUUUGAACCACAAACCUAUCUGAGAGAUCGUUGCAAGAAAUGCUUCCGCCUGAGAUCGAAGCACGAUGAAACGGAGACAAAGCAGCCAUCCACUGAUCAUCCAUCAAGUCCUACCUCCUCCAUCAGUUCAAAUUCGGCCAGAGAUCGUAAUCGAGAGAAACGAAGAUCAUGGCGUGACAAAAUGUCGACAGGACAAGAUAACGGCGGUCCAGAACACGUUGCCGAAGCUAGCAAUGACGACGAUACCACGUCGUGUACAUCCUACAAAUCCGCAAAUUCGAAGGGUCUUUCGAGUGCAAAAUCAUUGGAGAGUAUCACGUCGAAUCAGGAUUCACGUAGCAUGAUCACAGCAUUAUCGGAAAGUAUUGAAGAUGACGAACGAGCGAUCACUCCCACUGAACCUGAUUUGACGGAUGCGUCACUGAUGAAGGAAGAAAUCGCACAUUUGAAAGAAGAAGUUUCAAAGUUGAAGCAGGAAAAGGAAAAUUGGAAUGCGAGAAGGAAAAAAUUGGACAAUGACGGUGAGGAAAGUUUAAUAGAGCUAUUAGAAGAAAGGCUUUCGGAAGCUGAAAAUUGCAUUCAGGAUUAUCGUGAUGAGAACACCGUUCUGAAGUGUGAACUUCAUGCAGUUCAGGACGGCUCUGAAGUGAGUAGAGUAACGGAAAAAUUGAAAGCUGCCGAGUCAUUGUGCGAAGAAUUAAUGGAAGAAAAUGAAGCUCUGAAAGCAGAUGUCAAGGAUCUUCAACAAGAAAUCGAGGAAAUGCAGGAUCAAUAUCGAGAAGAAGAAAUUGAAGAGUUUCGGGAACUGCAACGAGAACUGGAACAGAACGCCAAAAACUGCCGUAUUCUACAGUUCAAAUUACGAAAAUCUGAACGCAUACGCGAUCAGCUCGAAACCGAAAAGCAGCACCUUGAAGCGAAAGUUAAUGAUCUUUUGCAAGUAUCGGCCGGUGAAGAAGAUCCCACUGAUGGAGGAUCGACGAAACCGGCCGAUCCGAUCCGUGUCAGAGAACUCGAAUCUGAGCUGCGCAUAGCGAAAGAAGUAUCCGUCAGAUUACACAAUGAACUUGAGGGUGCUGAGGAAAAACGCUACAAACUUGAGGUAAGCGUUACGUUCGAAAGAUGUGAUCGAAAUCAAAUCAUAUGUUUUCAGCUGAAACUCAUUAGCAACAAUUUUAAGGAUGAAGUGUUCUAUUUGAAAGAGAAAUGUCGUGAACUUCAAACUCAAACAAAAUGGAGAGAGGCGAGAAAUAAAGCUGAACAGCAAGCAAAACGACUAAGUGCCGAACUCUCAUUGUCACUCAAUGAUGCAAGUCUUGGCAAAGAGAUGCGAGAUAUCCUUGAACGAGAAGCGGAUCUCAGGGAUCAACUGAAGUUUGCUGAAGAGGAUCUGAAGCGAACACAACUAAGGCUACAGGAUGUUGAGAAUGAGAACGAAGAAUUGGUGAGGAAAUUGACGCGCUAUAGCACCAAUAAACGACCGCCAAUGGUACGCUCUGUCAGCGAAGGGCACGCACAGAUUCAGUUGGAACUAGCCGAGCACGAAGUAGAGCACCUGUCCACAAAAGUAGAUCGCCUCGAAAAAAAGAAUGUCCAUUUGGCAAAAAAAAUUUUGGAAAUGGAGAUGGAUUCAAAGAAAAACUUCCACGAAGGAGUACAAGAUGCUGGUGGAAAUAAGGUUACUCAUUUUCUAAUCACUGAAAUUCCCUUUUCUGAUGCUGCACCCGAAAUGCAACGUGAUACUGGCAAAUUGAUGGCUACGAUCUCAGAGUUGGAACGCAAAAAUAUGGAACUGACCGUACAAUUGAAACGUCAAGCUGAAACGCUCUCAUCAGCAUCUGAUGAUGAAUCAGUGCAUACAGAAUUAAGGAUCGAAAAAGAACGCUCAAAGCUAAUCGAGAAUGAAUUGAAUGAGUUGAAAAAUCUUUUACUUCUAUCGGAUGAUCAAAAGUUGAUCGCUAUGACAUCCAAGGUGGAUGUGUUGAAUAAUCAGUUGGCACUUGCGAACGAUCGCUAUGAUAGCAUCCAUCGUAAGGUCACUAAAGAAGGCACGGAUGAUGCUGCAUACGCGGAGGCAUUAAAAGAGAAAUGUGAGCAGUUGGAGAGGGAGUUAAGUGAGUGCAGGACAAAAGCAACGCUUGUUGAAGUUCAAGGCGGAACGGCAACCACAGACGAGGUGAGGAGGCGUAAUCGAUCGCUUUAUACGUUCGAUCCGUUCGGAUCAUUGUUGAUCUUGGAUAUUGUGAUUCUCAUUUCCACUGUUCUUGUGUUCUUAAAGAUUGAGCAAUGCUGUGAGGUACUGGCUUCGGUCGAAACGCAAACAAAUCGAAUUUGUAAACAGAUCGAAAAAAUUGACCAUGCACAAAAAGAUGAACGGCGUCGAUCACUGUCCAAAGAUAACAGUGUCACAAUCAUCGCUGAACUUGCGAGUGUUAUCAAUGAGUUGAACAACGUCCAUCAACUGCUUGAAGCACACAAGUUGAAUAAUCCGAAUCUCAUUCGUAAAUCGCCAUUGAAAGAUUCACAUAAGAAGACUGAAAUCGUCGAGUGUGAUAAAUGCAAAGAGAACGAAGCGUUCAUUGAAUCGCAGCGCGAUGAAAUCAUCUUCUAUAAGAAAAAGAAUAAGGAUCUCACGAAUCAGGUGCUGCAAACCGAGGAUCGAUGGACAGUUGAGAUCGAGAAGCAACGUCAAAGCUUCGAACUAGAGAUCAAAAAUCUCACCACUAAACUGACAAAUGCUGAAAAAUGUGUGGAUGAACAGAAACAGAUGAUCGAGUCGAAGUCUGUUGGUCUUGCCGAAAAGGCACGCAUGUUGGAGGAGCGUGACGAGAAAUGUGAACGAUUGAAAGUGGAAUUGCAAAAACUCAAGAAAGAAAUUCAGGAAAUUGAAGCAGAUCAUAAAUCUGCAAGGGAAUACGAAAUCAAGUACAAGAAGUUGGAAUCGUUAUACGAUAAAGAACGUGAGAAAUUCGCCCAGGAACGUGCGAAGUCAAAAACUGAUAUGGCUGCAUUGAAGAAGAAAUCCGAUGAUGCCACUAUCGAUUUAGAAAAACUCCGAACGGAUCACUCAAACAAGGAGAAAGUUUGGAAUGACGAGAAAGAAAGGCUUGAAAGCGAAAAUUCAAAUCUACGAGACAAACUGAAAACUGGAAGCAUGCUGAACGCAAGAGAUGAACCAAUUUAUGCGACAAUACCCGUCAAGGUACCACCAGAAUUGAAGAAAAACGAUAGUACGAGUUCGAGUGUUGCGGAUCUGCGUAGCGAAAUCGCUCGCCUUGAGAAAACGAACACGGAUCAAGCGAUUGAAUUGGGAAAUCUGAAGCUGCAAAAUGAGGAACUACAAUCAGAGCUGUCGAAAUCGCAACAGACCUGGACAAGAGAGAAGGACAAUUUACAACAUAAAGUUCGAACUGACCAAAAGAUUCGCCAUGUCGAAUUUGAUGCUCUGCAGCAGAAAUUCGAGAGUCGAAUGAAAAUCAUGGAAGAAACAAACAAAUCGCUACAUUCCCAGCUAGUGCAAGCAAGACGAGAACGAGAUUACAAUCGUGAGCAGUUGUGCACAUUCGAAAGGAAGGUGGCCGAAGAACAUCAACGAAUGGAGAAAGAUACGAAACGACAAACGGACUUAUCGCAGAAAUCUGUUAAUAUGGCCAAGCAAAUUGUUUUGUUGGAAGCUGAAGUGAAACGUAUUAGCACUGAACUGAAACUGACCCGAGAUGCGCAUGACGCAGAUAAGGCACUAUGGACUGUUCAACGCUCACACAUGACCACCGUUCAGCAGUCUCAACCUCAAGUCAACAUUUUCACUAAUCAACGACCCGUCACACCUGAAAUAAAGCAGUCUUCCACUGAGAACGAGUCACAACCUGAGGUUCGCCAGCUGCAUGCCAAAUACUCGCAAUUCACCGAAACUGCGAUAAAGGCAGCAGAGAAUGUGCAGAAGCAGUAUGUGGAAUAUCAAAAAUUCUAUACGAAGGAAGUGGGAAGGUUGAACAACCGAAUCAAGGAGUUAACCAACGAAUCAAUCAUGCAACAAAACGAAUCACGCAGAGAAAUUAAAGAGCUGCGUGAACAAAUCAAAGUUCUGGAAAUAAGUCAACGUAAUCUGAUCGAAGCUCGAGAUAUGCAGAGUGGAGUUAAGGAGAACCUAGAAGCUGAGGUUGAGAAACUUCAAGAGACGGUCCAUCGAUCUGAGGUUCAGCGCUUGACGCGAAAGUACAAACUCUGCUCAUUGAUAGACCAGCUCCAAAAGGUUUCUGAACCGACAUACAAGGCGUCCAGACAUGAGCCAGACAUUCCAGAAAUGUUGCGAAUCAUACUCUCACAAAUGAGAACGAUCAGGGAUGAGGACAUCACAACCGCAUGGAAUACGAACAAAGCGAUCAUAACAACGACCUCAUCUGGUAUCGAGAACAGUUCAACGUGGGAAUUCCGUCGGAACGAGGUGUCGGCUCGUGCUCAAUCGCCCGUUAAGAAGAUAGCAGCUUAUCCGGAUCCUCCGCCCAACUUCAUGAUAAAUAAGGAGAUGUCAGUGGAAUACGAUAAGGAGGGUCGUCUGCAUUACAUCCCGAAAAGUAUCUCGCGUUCGUCGUCCUAUGAUCAGCAUUUGGCAGCAGAGGAAGGAGGCGAUACCACAGACGACGAUGAUGGUAUGCUGAAGCCACUACAUUCAAGAACAAGCAGUACAGGAACGAAUAUCCUUUACAAGAUUCGUCGCGAAGAGCUGGCUCGUGGAGGACAGCCAUCGGUGCGUCUUAUGGCGAAAGCAUUCGACUCCAUAGAUGCGACAGUGCCUAACGUUAAACCACAAAACGGCGGAAAACGCUCACUGUUCAGCAUUCGUAAAUCACGUUCGGUUGAAACGACCGAAACCGGACGUAAUAUUGGUGCUGCAGCCAAAAAUCUGCUAACUCCAGCCGCUCCAUCGCCGAUGGCUGUAACUGUUCUCGGACGGAAAACAUCACUAAGUGAAAUCGAAGAGCUGAUGGGUAGCCAAUCGCCUUACGGCGCGACGUUGCCACGUUCUGGACGAAAUCCUCUCAAGAAUAUGGGUAAACCUGCGGAAGUUUUCAAUUCUUAUCCAAUUGGUCGUACCAAAUUGGUGGAACGUGUCAGACGUAGUUUGAGUAGAUCGAGUACUGGUCGAAAUGCGCAAAGUGAGAGCGAAACUGGAUCCGCAAAGGGUGGAUCACGUCAAACACUCAACGAUAUCGCCAAUGACAUAUCGCAAGCGAGUAACAUCACACAAAUUUCAUCAACUUCAUCAAAAGCAUCAAAAUUGAAACACGUUCCGAUUCCAGUGCCGUCGUCUAAUGCAAGUUCGGCUUCAGCAGCUUCCACGCCUGCAGUUACGCCGAAGAGGACGUUGAAAAAGAAAGUUAAGAAAGCGCUCACGACAAGUUUAGCGGAUGUCGGUGCGAAGACGUCAUCUGCUAGGACAAAAACUUGA